AUGCCAACCUCGUCCACUAUGCAAUGCGUCAGGCUUCGUUUGCUGGCCAUUGCGCUCUUAUUUCGCUCCUCUUAUCUAGCCGCUGCGGCUGAAUCGCCGGCGCCCUACACGAUGACUUGGUCGGACAAAAGCUACGGCCCGGAUGGACCCUGGCAGGCCAUCUCGGUUCGCAUGGGCAGUGAAACCCAACCGCUCGCCCUCUAUCCGGGAGGAACAUGGGCGAGCUUGGUCUUCACGGAGUCCUUCUGUGCCAAUACAAGCAUUUCAUCCGUCUGCUACGCGGAUAGGAGCGGACUGUUCCAGACCAAAAACUCGGAGACCUGGGAUAACAAGUCCAUUGAAUUUGCGCCAAACAGAGAUAAGUGGUCUGGUCUCUCAAUGGGGUAUGCAGAUGCGGUGCCGGUCAACGCUCUUGCUGAACGCGCGAUGGAUACCAUGGAAGUCGGAGGAAACAAAGUUGCUGGCCUCGACCUGAUCGCAAUCUCACAGGCUUAUCAAACAUAUCCCGGCGGUCAGAAUUUCCCCCUCGAGGUUGGGGAUAGAAAGUGCUAUCGAUACGGAGCUUCUCGUCAACCGUAA